UGUCGUUCUGCCACGGCUGCACCGAUGACAGCCUGAGGGGGAUGCCAGGGGCCACAGGUCUACAGUCUUAGCGUCUUUCGCUGCAUGCAUCGUGACCGCUGGGGGCGCCCCCCAUUGCAGGCCUAGUGGACUUGGCCUAGUGAACUUGAAAAGCGAAGAAUGAUACCGUCUCCCGAGCGUCCGUCGUCGUCUGUUGAGGCGGUGGGAGGCAGCCCUGCUGGUGCAUCCCCCGUAACACCAUACUACACACCAAGUCAGACACAACAAACCACCUCCGAGUCGGCCCCUCAGGGUCAUCUCAUUUCUCAUGUCUCUGUUGUCUGUGUAGCUGCAGCAGGAGUGUCGCCCACGACGAGUGACCCGCAGAAUGUCACUGCCACGAGCCUCUACCUGCCGCCGGCUCCAGCCCCUUCGCCCGCCUACGGCCAGGCAAUCAUGAUGCCAGGGGCUGCAUCCUACUACACGCCGGUGGGUGUGGGGGGCUCGCCGCAGUCACCCCACUUCGUGGCAAGGACACAGCAGCCGAAGCUCAAGAAGCGCUCCUGCCCCUGGUGCUGCUGCUGAUCAUAAAUGGUGGAAUUGAGCUGAAUGCAUUGUGUGCUCUGAGGCAUUUGUGGCUUGCGGCCAUAUGGCAUACAUAUGCCUGGCUGGUGGAGGGAUGCAUCGCCUGCAGGUGUGAGUGGGGUCCGGGAGGGGGAGCCUGUGUGUCUGAGUGAGUGAGUGAGUGAGUGAGUGAGAG